AUGCUUGUGAGGAGUGCCUCCACGCCGGUCCUCGGCGCGCUGCACCCCUCCGGCAGCCACUCGCCGGCGGUGUCCUCUCCGGCCGUCCACUUCCCCGAGUCGCCGGCGGCCGCCUACCACCCACCGCCCAUCUCCUGCCACCUGGCCGGGCCCGGAUCCGGGUCCGACCACGAGCGCUCGCGCCUCGGCAUGCGCCGCACGUGCUCCGAGGACAACCUCGCGUCUCUGGCCGGCGUCCGCGCGGACGACCACCACCACCUCCCUCCGUCCGGGAAAGGGGCGCUCCGGGCGCGGCCGGUGCCGCUCGAGACCAUCCAGUCGUUCAGGGGCCGGCAGGCGUCCACCGACGACGAAGAUGAGGAGGACUACGAUGACGAGGAGGACGCGUACGAGGUGGAGCGGGAGCUGCGCUUCGGCCAGUUCAGCUUUGCCGGCGGCGGCACCGGCAGCACCUACUCGCAGGAACACCCUCUGUUCCUGGCCAGGGGCCUCGGCAUCGACCGCCUCGGCUCGGGCCUCCUCAGCGCCGACGGCGGCGGCGGCGGCGCCGGGUUUGGUGGCAGCGAUGGUGGCGGCGGCAGUAACUUGGUGGCGUCGGGGAACGGAGGGGACCGCUCCGGCAUCGAGAUGCACUACAAGAAGAUGAUCGAGGAGGACCCCUGCAACGGCCUCUUCUUGAGGAACUAUGCACAGUUCCUGUACCAGGUGAAAGGGGACUACAGGAGGGCAGAGGAGUACUACUCCCGUGCGAUACUGGCCGACCCCGACGACGGCGAGCUCCUGUCGGAGUACGCCAAGCUGGUCUGGGACGUGCACCGCGACGAGGAGCGCGCCUCCAGCUACUUCGAGCGGGCGGCCAAGGCGUCCCCGCAGAACAGCCACGUCCUCGCCGCGCACGCCGCGUUCCUGUGGGACACGGACGACGACGAAGAGGGCGGCGGCGACGUGCUCACCAGCUACGUGGGGUUCGCACAGCCUGCGCACUCGUCGACUCUGGCUUCGGCGACAACCUGA